GCGGCGAGAGGAGUGGCGAGGAAAAAGCUCCAUCGGAAGUUCCAAUGGUGGUCCAUGUCAUCUACACGAAGAAAGAUCACGGUGGGAGAGGCAAGAACCUCGUUCGCCUCUCUAGCAGCGCCGUCGCGGCCACCGCGACCGCCUCCGCCUCCUCCGGGGGCCGCUCCCCCUGGCGCACCGGAGCCCACCCGCUCCGUGCCACCUCGCCGCCACCCCCGUCUUCCAUCGCCUCCGCCACGUGCUGGAAGUCCCGCUCGCUGCGCCGCGACGGUGAGGAGGACUGGGAGGAGGUCAUCGCCGCGGGGGCAGGGGCUGCCGCGCCCGACUCCCGCGAGGAGGCGGCGGACGAGUACAAAGUGGUGUUCGGAGCCCCGCCCACGGACGACGAGGUCCGCGCCGCCGUUGCCAGCAUCCAGCAGGUGUUUGAGAACCCUUCUGCUGUGGAUUCUGAUGCGCCUGAGCUACAAGCGCUUGCAUUGCCCGUCUCAGGGCACCCUUCGUCUGGGAUAUUUGUGAAUUAUUUUUCUCCGGAUUCUGAUGCAUCCGAGAUCGGAUUAGAGGAAUGGAUUGAACCUGCUUUGCUUGUUCUUAACUCAAGUGCUCUUUUGACAAGGGAACAUCGGAAUGUGCUGGAUGCAUUCCAACUGUUGCAAGAAGAUUCUUCGGUUCAGAAAAUGGUUAUGGCCUUGUCAACUGAUAAGGCUGUAUGGGAUGCUGUGAUGAACAAUGAGGUCGUACAAGAAUUCAAGAGAUCCUUCCAGGAUGCUAAGGAAACUGAUCUCAAGGGAAGCUCUACUGCUCCUCCCAGAGUGAUGAAGUGGGUUCUGGAAAACACCCAGGCAAAAAUCAAGGAAUUCCUUGAGCAGAUACUUAGGCUCGUGAACGUACUCUUCCAGGCUGAGGACAAGAACUGCGAUUUGUAUGACGAUGUAAUGAGAAUGUCCUUCAUGCUCUCAGUGUUCGUCUUCAUUGUGGUAACUAUAGCUCGUAUACACUGAGCACAACAAUUCGUCGACUUCACAUUUUGGUGGUUUUAGUUGUGUACAGGAUUAGUUCUAGAAUUAGUCCUUUUCGUAUGGUUAGCUAUGAUCAAGGUUGGUGUCAGUCUUAGUUGUCAGGUCCAGAAGUUGCAUUCUCAAAAUUCUUAGUGGAAACUCUAUAUGUUCACCGUGUGGGAUUAUGUCUUAAACAUCUAUAAAAUAUCA